AUGUCUAGAGAAGACAAAAAUACCAGGAACACAGUAAUCAUAUGCUUUGGAAAGUUUGUAAUGAAGAAAAUCAGAAAUGGAAAAGUCUGCAGAACAGAGAUGGCACUGUCACCAGAGGAGCGAAGAGUUGUUGCUUACCACGAGUCUGGUCAUGCUCUGCUUGGCUGGUUGCUUGAACACACAGAUGCCCUCCUUAAGGUCACCAUUGUUCCUAGAACCAAUCAGGCACUAGGAUUUGCUCAAUAUGUACCAAAGGAUCAGAAGCUCUACACACAGCAGGAGAUAUUUGAGAGGAUGUGUAUGGCAUUAGGCGGGCGUGUUGCAGAAUCUUUGGUGUUUAAUCGAGUGACUACUGGUGCACAAAAUGACCUGGAAAAGGUUACAAAAAUGGCUUAUGCCCAGGUAAAAAUACAAGUUAGCAAUUAG